CAGGGGACGCAGACCGGGCCCGUCAGCCCCAGCAGCCACCUGCGCCGCAGCCCCAGCCCCCCGCGCUCACCCGAGCCCCCUUCCCGGGCCGUCUCGCGCGUCCCGGCGCCCCCGGAUUAGGAUGCCCGGAGUUCGGCGCUGCGCGCUCGGUGCCCGGAGGCGGCAGGGAGGUUUCGCAAAGGCCACGGGCGGGGGUCACCGUCCGCCGCGCCAGGGACAGGUCUGUCACCGUCUCCGGGCCCUGCGCCUGGCGCUUUGGCCUUUCUUCGCUGCCGGGGACGCCCCUGCAGCCUUUCCCUCCAGGCCCUCCCCAGCCCGGGACUCGAACCGUUCCCUAUUCCCAGGCCUAGGGGGCCGCCGCCAAUGUGAGGCGUGGGAAAUUAGGGCGUGGAGGGCUGGAAUGAAGCCACAGCCCGCAGCAGGUUUUCAGAGAUCCCGGGCCAUAGAAACGGCCCAGAAUGAGCCGUCUCGGGGUCCUGACACCACCGCGUCCCGGCAGGUGGGGGUGUCAGACCGUCCCCCGCAGCGCCUCGGGCUUCUCCGGGCCUUGGCUACCGCCCGCGGGCCUGUGGCGAUGGAGAGGCGCUGCCGGGACACCUUCCCGCACCCCUGGGAGCAGCGCCCGAGGAUCUGAGGAGCCCUUUAUUCUGCGGUUUCGGUUACGUAAAUGGAGCCAGGGAGCAACAUGGCUGACAAGGCAAAGCCCGCCAAAGCUGCCAACAGGACGCCCCCCAAGUCCCCGGGGGACCCCUCGAAGGACCGGGCGGCCAAGAGGCUGUCUCUGGAGUCAGAGGGUGCCGGUGAGGGGGCAGCUGCGGCCCCCGAGCUCAGUGCCCUGGAGGAGGCCUUCCGGCGCUUUGCGGUGCACGGGGACACCAGGGCCACCGGGAGGGAGAUGCACGGCAAGAACUGGUCGAAGCUGUGCAAGGACUGCCAGGUGAUCGACGGUAGGAACGUGACGGUCACCGAUGUGGACAUCGUCUUCAGCAAGAUCAAAGGGAAGUCUUGCCGGACCAUCACCUUUGAGCAGUUCCAGGAGGCACUGGAGGAGCUCGCCAAGAAGCGAUUCAAAGACAAGAGCAGCGAGGAGGCAGUUCGCGAGGUGCACAGGCUCAUUGAGGGCAAGGCGCCCAUUAUCUCAGGGGUGACGAAAGCCAUCUCGUCGCCCACAGUGUCGAGGCUCACAGACACCACCAAGUUCACGGGCUCCCACAAGGAGCGCUUCGACCCCUCUGGCAAGGGCAAGGGCAAGGCUGGCCGCGUGGACCUGGUGGACGAGUCAGGCUAUGUGUCUGGCUACAAGCACGCAGGCACCUACGACCAGAAGGUGCAAGGGGGCAAGUAGCCCCCGCUCCAUGCCCCGCGGCACUGCCGGUGUCCCCGGAGCAGGGACUCUGUCACCUCGCACUUCAUUACAUUCCUGUGCUCACUCGGGCAGAACUCAGAUGGGUGCCCCAGAGGGGGCUGGGGGGAGGCCAGGCCCAGGCCUCCCUCCUGCCCCUCCUCCUGCCAGAUGCCCCCAGCACUCCCCUCUCAAACCAGGUUUGGGCCCCAGUUCACUGACCCUCCUUAUACACCUGCGUCCUCAACCGUUUCCAAAGUGUCUCCCGGAUCACACCACAUCGGGCACGUGGUUUGCAGGUCAAAGGGGUGUUUUAAAGGAGCUGGCUGUCAUGGCAACAGGAGGCUGUGCUGACCUCCUGACUGGCAGACACCUUCCAGGAGCCCUGAGGGUGGCAGGAGCUAAUCCCAACCAGCAGGCAACUAACACGGAGUUGGCCCCACACCAGACAUGGGAGGUGUCUGUGGGGCCCGAGACCUGUACUGCAUGCAGUGGACACCACAGGGCCUUCCUGCUUUCCUGGGCAGAGGGCAGAGUGAGGCCACCUGGCGGGGGUGCUGGGCACCUGGCACAUGUGUGGGGAAGCCGGUCACAUGGACACAAGUGUGCACACAUGCCUACAGGCCAGCUCUGUGCCAAGG